AUGGCAACACACUCCAGCCGACUCAACGCGCUCUGCCGGGGCGAGAGAGAAACUACUCCAGAACAACAAAGAGGAGCGGCGGCCGUGCGGAGUUCGGGGCCGCAGGACCGACUCCCGAGCCCGAGGGGAGCGAAGAACCCCUGCCUGACACUAACCCGACCCGGCCAGCGCAGGGGCCGUCGCUCGGUCCCGGCCCGAGUCGUCAGGCGGCCGUGCUCACCCUCCGAGCGGACCCGUCCGCCUCCCGCGCGCUCCCAGCCACAGCCGGGAACCCGCCCCGGGGCGGGGAAGCCACGGGCGGGGCGCGCGGGCCCGGCCGGGGAAGGGGAGGGGACAUGGCGCGGUUACCUGGGCUCGGGCGGUGGCGAGGGGAGUCCGUUCUCCCGCCGCUGCUCGUCCGCAGACGCGCAGGGCCUGCCGCUUCCCCCGGCUGCCCGGAGUGCUCCUCGGUCCCCGCCCCAAGGCGUCCGGGCCAGGCCGCCCCUCCUCGGCGCCGCGCCGCUGCCCGCGCGGGCCGCCCCGCGGCGGAGGAGGGUCUCUCUCGCGGGGCGUCCGGCUCCCCUCACCCGCUCCCACCCUUUGGGCGGCAGCAAAGCCAAGUGGAGGACGGCAAGGGCCUCCCGGGGAGAGCGGGUGGGCGCGAACGCGGGCUCCGCCACCCGAGCCGCUCCGUUACCGCAGCGGCGACGACGACCAGGGCCGUGUUGUUGCUGCCAACUUGUCGAGAGAACACUGAGCAUGCGCGCACGGAGACCACAUCCGGGCUGUGAGUUCACUGAAAACAGAAGGUUCUUCCUUCCCAGCUUCUCUGAGUGCCUGACACGGGGCCUGCACACAGCAAGGGUCAGACAAUGUUUGCUGAAUGGAGGGGAGAGGCAGAGUAUGAAGCAGGGAAGACAGAUUUGGGACCAGACCAGGAAGAAAGACAUGCUGAGGAAUGAACUCCACUCAGGAUCAGAUUCAACAGGGCCAUCCCAGGAUGGAGCAUCAGCCGCCAUGCUGGCAGCCACCUGCUCUGACUGUAUUUUGGAAGCUCAUCUGCACCAGGAAAGAGGAUAAUAAACAGGCAAGUGGAGUUGAAAGUUAGAACACUGAGGGACGCCCUGAUAUCCUUUUUGCCUCUGGAUACAGUUACAUCUGAUGCUGCUACCAUCCCUGUCUUUGCACCUAUGAGAAUAAAUGAAUUCUGUGAUAUUUCAAGCUCACUGGAUUCGUUUUCAGUCUCUUGAAAGGACUCCUAACUACUAUAUUGGGUGCUACUUGGAAUGCCUGGGGAAUGGAUCCCACACGUUGUCUGCCUUUCUCUUCACCCAUUUUUUUGUCCCACGUUGACUGCUUCAUGCCUAUCUAUGCAGGUUUACAUUAGACUGAUCAGAAUUUAUAAACUAAUUGCAUGGAGCUUGCAGUCACUCUGUCUCUACCGCUCACACUAACUCCACAUCCAGUAUAAACACUUUCUCCCUCACCACAUAGUUCCCAGCAUCUGCUGUUCAGGUGAUUCUCCUCCCCCUUCUAGUUCCUGCUCUGUCCCAUCUACUCAGUGAUGAGAAAUUCUGAAGUGAGGCUCUCUUCCAAUGGAAACUAACUGGGCAAAUCUCCUAUGAUUGCUUUUGUUCAAAGCACUGUCCACAAAAUGACCCUGCAGCUAUAUUAUAUUGGGUUUUACAAGCAUCUUUAGCUUGAGCUGAGGAGCAAGGGGGGUUGAGUGUUGACUAGAAGAUUUUCCCCCUAUUAUUCAAGACUACUUCACUGAGUAGUCUUUCCUAUCUUUCAGUUCCAAAGUUUCUCAUCUCAAGCAGAUGCAACUAAACACUGUCAUCUGUGACCUUUGCCUAGUAGAAAUCCCCAUUGCCAGGGGGAUGGGUGUAUAAUGCUUACCAUAGAAGACCUGGACUCUGCUAAAGGCUCACAACAGACCACCACUGGCAAGUAGAGUUGGGCUGUAAAUCUUGGCAGAAGAAAAUGGGAAUUCAUAACACAUCUCUCUACGAGUAAUGGAGAAAGAGUACUGGGCCAGCAGUCAGGAACCUGAGAAUGAUCUUGACUCUGCCAUUUACUACCAUUUAGUAAAACUUAGGUAAGUCAGCUAGCACCUCUUGGUUCUAAUUUCUGCAUUUGUAAAGUGGAAUUCAUGAUACUCCCAUGCCUGCUUACUUCAUGGGUUGUAAGAAUUAAACAAAGUAUA